GCCCCCGCCGCCCGCGCCGCAGUCCGCAUCCACCCCGCGCGGUCAGCCCCGGCUGCGGCUCCAGCUCCGCGCUCCGCGCUUCUCUCCCAAGCCGGAUCGCGGGAACGAGCAGGGGAGGGGACCGCAGCCGGCGCCCGAGGGCAAGAAGAGUCCGCAGGCGGGCCCCUGGCUGCGGCAGCAGCUGCCGGUGGCCGGGAGGUGCCAGCCCGCGCGGGGUGGCCCAGCCGCGGGAGCGGUGGGGCGGGUCCGCGGCUGCCGGCCCCAGGGAGAGCUCGCGGGCAGCAUGGCGGGGCUGCGGGCCAGGCGGGGCCCGGCGCCGGGGCUGCUGGCGCUCUCCGCGCUUGGCUUCUGCCUCAUGCUGCAGGUCAGCGCUAAGAGGCUCCCCAAGACGCCCCCCUGCCCGCCCAGCUGCUCCUGCACCAGGGACACCGCCUUCUGCGUGGAUUCAAAGGCAGUGCCCAGGAACCUGCCCUCGGAGGUCAUCUCCCUGACCCUGGUGAAUGCCGCCUUCUCAGAGAUCCACGAUGGAGCGUUCUCCCACCUCCCGCUGCUGCAGUUCUUGUUGCUCAACUCCAACAAGUUUACACUGAUUGGAGACAACGCCUUCACAGGACUGUCGCACCUGCAGUAUCUCUUCAUUGAGAACAAUGACAUCUGGACAUUAUCCAAGUUCACCUUCCGAGGACUCAAGUCCUUGACUCACCUCUCGCUGGCCAACAAUAACCUGCAGACACUGCCCAGAGACAUAUUUCGGCCCCUGGACAUCCUGAAUGACUUGGACCUGCGGGGCAACUCACUCAACUGCGACUGCAAGGUGAAGUGGUUGGUGGAGUGGCUGGCACACACCAACACCACGGUGGCGCCCAUCUACUGCGCCAGCCCUCCCCGCUUCCAGGAGCACAAGGUGCAGGACCUGCCGCUGCGGGAGUUCGACUGCAUCACUACGGAUUUUGUGCUGUACCAGACCCUGUCCUUCCCAGCAGUGUCGGCUGAGCCCUUUCUCUACUCCAGUGACCUCUAUUUGGCUCUGGCCCAGCCAGGUGUCAGUGCCUGCACCAUCCUGAAGUGGGACUAUGUUGAGCGGCAGCUUCGAGACUAUGACAGAAUCCCAGCCCCCUCUGCAGUGCACUGCAAGCCGAUGGUGGUGGACAGCCAGCUGUAUGUGGUCGUGGCCCAGCUGUUUGGUGGCUCUUACAUUUACCACUGGGAUCCCAACACCACGCGCUUCACAAAGCUGCAGGAUAUCGACCCACAGCGCGUGCGCAAGCCUAAUGACCUAGAAGCCUUCCGCAUCGACGGCGACUGGUACUUUGCCGUGGCCGACAGCUCCAAGGCGGGCGCCACCAGCCUCUACCGCUGGCACCAGAAUGGCUUCUACUCCCACCAGGCGCUGCACCCCUGGCACCGCGACACCGACCUGGAGUUUGUGGAUGGCGAGGGCAAGCCACGGCUGAUUGUGUCCAGCAGCUCCCAGGCACCGGUCAUCUAUCAGUGGAGUCGCACACAGAAGCAGUUUGUGGCCCAGGGUGAGGUGACUCAGGUGCCUGAUGCCCAAGCUGUGAAACACUUUCGUGCCGGCCGCGACAGUUACCUGUGCCUCAGCCGUUACAUUGGUGACUCCAAGAUCCUGCGCUGGGAGGGUACCCGCUUCUCGGAGGUGCAGGCCCUGCCCUCCCGGGGUUCGCUGGCCCUGCAGCCCUUCCUUGUGGGUGGCCGCCGCUACCUGGCGCUGGGCAGCGAUUUCUCCUUCACCCAGAUCUACCAGUGGGAUGAAGGACGACAGAAGUUUGUACGGUUCCAGGAACUGGCUGUGCAGGCUCCUCGGGCCUUCUGCUACAUGCCUGCUGGGGAUGCCCAGCUACUCCUGGCCCCCAGUUUCAAGGGACAGACGCUGGUUUAUAGACACGUUGUGGUGGAUCUCAGUGCCUAGGGUGGUGCCAAGGCCUCUGGGCUCCUCAGGGUGGCCACUGAAGGAUGGGUGGGGGCCUCUGUGAGCACCACGUGUGCCCGUGUGAAGACGUGAGGCCAACCUGCAUCCAUGCCGUUGCAUCUGCACAUGCCCAGUGUGCACAGGCACACCCUGUGGACUGGCCCGGGAGUACAUGCAUCAUCACUGCAAUCAGCAUGAACACCAGGCACCCCUGGGACACCUCGCGCCCAGUUCCUGUGACCCCAACCAUAGCCGCCCCUCCUCUGCAGCCUUCCCCACGUUCUGCCCCCUGUCUUAUGCAUAUGAGUGGUGCAGGGUGCUAGGAGCGAGGGGGGCCGCACCCUCCC